AUGGCGCCUGCCUCGACUGCACGCCGGCCGCGCAGCGCUCUGGGUGUUGCCGGCCCUCACGCGCCGGCCUUGCAGCAGCCAUCGGGCGCGCCCGCCGCCGCCGGGCCCUCGUCUUCAUCGCGGCGUCUCCCCGCGGCGCCGGGCGCCCCCGCCGCCUGCGCGCCCGCCAGCGCGUCGGGCCCGCGGCUGGGCGGGGCGAUGUCUCUGGACGUGUCUGCGUGUGAGGCGCUGCGGGGCCUGUUCCGGCCGCGGCUGGACAGCGAUGAGCUGGUGUACCUGCGGCAGCGCACCCUGGACCUGGACGAGGCACUGCUGCAGGCGAGCCAGCACGGCGAGGCGGGCCUGCUGGAGAGUUAUGGCGGCCUGUUUGCGGGCUGCAGCCCCGCAGGUGGCUCGCGCCUCCCUCCAGACGGCGGCCUCGGGGACACGCCAGAAGACAGGGGCGGGGCUGACGGCCUGGGCGCCGCAGACCAGAGCCCGCAGCACAAGCGGCGCGCGACGCCGGCCAGCGUGCAGGCGGCCGCGCGUUGCAGCCAGGGGGGCUCGCCGCUUUCAAAGGCGGCGCCCGGCCGCCACGAGGCCGGGGUCGACGCCAGCGCUCCGGGGGAGAACUGCGGCGCGUUGCGGGGACCACGACGCAUGGUGUCGCAGCUGCAGCAGGAGCAGAUGCUGCUGGCGGCGCAGCAGCUGGCCGAGCAGCAGCGGCAGGCGCAGCUCGCAGCCUGGGCUGCUGACGCCGGGGCUGAAGCAGGGGCCGACGCGCCGGGAUCAGGCAUUGAGGCGGCGCAUGGGGCCGGCGGCAGGGUUGGGCGGCGCCGCGGUCCGGGCGAGGGCGAGGCGCGCAUGGUUGAGGAGGACAAGGAGGAUGGCUGGAGCCCGCCCGGCAGCGGGCUGCACAACACGGGUCGCGUUCUGUUCACGUGA